UGGGAGCGGCAGGAGCGGCUGUCCUGGCCCGGCUUCUCCUCAGGGAACUGGGAGCGGCAGGAGCGGCUGUCCCGGCCCGGCUCCUCCUCACGGAAUUAGAAGCGGCUGUCUCGGCCCGACUUCUCCUCAGGGAACUGGGAGCGGCUGUCCCGUCCCGACUUCCCCUCAGGGAAUUGGGAGCGGCUGUCCCGGCCAGGCUUCCCCUCAGGGAACUGGGAGCGGCUGUCCCGGCCCGGCUCCCGCUCCCGGCGUGGUUCUCCUCAGAGGGAACCGGCGGGCUCGGGAGCGGCAUUCCUUUUCCCGCGGCUGCCUUUGGGUGUUUUCAGAUCCCAAAGUGUCUGGAAACACUCGCGCGGUGACCUGGGUUUUAUUUCACCCAUAAACCCGGAGCGCGUUGAGCAGCAGAGAUGCGGGAUUAGGAGCGGUUCCGAUGUCCCCUCGCGGCGCUGGGAGUGAGGAGCCAGCUCCCAUCCCGGCUGCCCGGCAUCCCGGGAUCGCGGCGGGCUCCGGCUUGCAGCCUGCCGUGUGGGAAAGCAGCUGUCCGCAGCGGCGGUCGGGCCCGGGGCAUGGCCCGGGGCAGCUCCCGGUGCUGGGAGCACGGGCGGGUUGGAUCUCCGUCCCGCGUCGCGGCUCUGUGAGGAGCGGGGAUCGCCGCUCCCGCUGCCUUGCGCCUUCCAGCGACCAGCUUCAGGAGCUGAAAGGGAACAGCGAGGUCUGAAAUGCUGGUAUUGACAGCAGCCCCUGGGCUCAGAGAUGGAUUCACCAGAAGGGGCCACCAUUAGAAGUGAGCAGAAAUUCAGAAAAUUCCUAAAAAGUCUCAUAAGAAAGCAGCCUCGGGACCUUCUCCUGGUGAUCGGGACGGGGGUGAGUGCUGCAGUGGCCCCAGGAAUCCCAGCACUCUGCUCCUGGAGGAGCUGCAUUGAGGCUGUCCUUGGAGCAGCUGAGCAGCUGGAGGUGCUGCACCCCGGGGAUGUCGCCGAGUUCCGUAAGAAAGUGAGCAAAGAGAGAGACCUGCUUGUGGUUGCACAUGAUCUCAUCAGGAAGAUGUCACCACGUACCGGGGACACGAAGCCCAACUUCUUCCAGGAUUGCUUGAUGGAGGUGUUUGAUAAUUUAGAGCAACACAUUCAGAACCCUGUGGUGCUGCAGUCCAUCCUGAGGCUCAUGGAGAGAGGCACAAUGGUUCUGACUACAAACUAUGAUAACCUGCUUGAAAUAUUUGGUCAGCAACAGGGUAAACCUAUGGAAUCUUUAGACCUUAAAGAUAAGGAUAAGGUUCUCCAGUGGGCAAGGGGCCAUGUGAAAUAUGGAGUUCUUCAUAUUCACGGCUUGUAUACAGAUCCCUGUGGAAUGGUGCUGGAUCCCUCGGGAUAUAAGGAUGUUACUCAAGAUCCUGAAGUCAUGGAGGUUCUUCAGAACUUGUACCGAACCAAGUCUUUUUUGUUUUUGGGUUGUGGAGAGACUCUGCGUGACCAGAUAUUCCAAGCUCUUUUUCUUUACACAGUAAAGAACAAAGUGGAUCUAGAACAUUACAUGUUGGUGCUUAAAGAAAAUGAAGACCACUUUUUUAAGCUCCAAGCAGAUAUGCUGCUGCAUGGAAUAAAAGUGGUGUCCUAUGGGGACUGCUUCCAACAAUUCCCAGAGUAUGUCCAGGAUCUGACUGCUCAAAUCUGCAAACAGAGAAGUCCAGAUGCUGAUCGGGUGGACAGCACAACGCUAUUGGGAACAUCAUGUGUGGACUGUGCCAAAAGGAAGUUAGGAGAAAGUGGCACUGACCCUCCUAAGAGGAUCAAGCAGUCAGAUACACCCACUCUUGAAUGAAAAAACUCCAAACCCCAGAAGCUUUUUAACAGUAGGUGUUUUACAUCUGCUGCAUGGAAAGUUUUCAGCUGGUAUUUUCAUGAUUGUAAGUGGAAUAAAAUUGUACAUACUA